CGGAGGCCGCUCGCCAUGUCCAGAUCCGGUGACAGGACCUCCACCUUCGACCCCAGCCACAGCGACAACCUGCUGCACGGCCUCAACCUGCUGUGGAGGAAGCAGCUCUUCUGCGACGUGACCCUGACGGCCCAGGGCCAGCAGUUCCACUGCCACAAGGCCGUGCUGGCCUCCUGCUCCCAGUACUUCCGAUCCCUCUUCUCCAGCGGCGGUGGGAGCGGCGGGCACCCCCACGCCCUGGGGCUGGGGCCCGGCGCCCAGGACGGGCUCGGGGGACCGCCGAAGGAGCCGCCGCCGCCGCAGCAGCCGCAGGAGGAGCCUGGCACCCCAUCCUCCUCCCCGGAGGACAAGCUGCUGGCCAGCCCGCGGGCCAUCAACAACCUGGUGCUGCAGGGCUGCUCGUCCAUCGGACUGCGGCUGGUGCUGGAGUACCUGUACACGGCCAACGUGACCCUCUCGCUGGACACUGUGGAGGAGGUGCUGUCGGUGAGCAAGAUCCUGCACAUCCCGCAGGUCACCAAGCUGUGUGUGCAGUUCCUCAACGACCAGAUCUCGGUGCAGAACUACAAGCAGGUGUGCAAGAUCGCCGCCCUGCACGGCCUGGAGGAGACCAAGAAGCUGGCCAACAAGUACUUGGUGGAGGACGUGCUGCUGCUCAACUUCGAGGAGAUGCGCGCCCUGCUUGACUCGCUGCCCCCCCCCGUCGAGUCGGAGCUGGCGCUCUUUCAGAUGUCCGUGCUCUGGCUGGAGCACGACCGGGAGACCCGCAUGCAGUACGCCCCGGACCUCAUGAAGCGCCUCCGCUUCGCCCUCAUCCCGGCUCCUGAGCUGGUGGAGCGGGUCCAGUCGGUGGAUUUCAUGCGCACCGACCCCGUGUGCCAGAAGCUGCUGCUGGACGCCAUGAACUACCAUCUGAUGCCCUUCAGGCAGCACUGCCGGCAGAGCCUGGCCAGCAGAAUUCGUUCCAAUAAGAAAAUGCUGUUACUGGUUGGAGGAUUGCCUCCUGGACCUGACCGGCUACCCAGCAAUUUGGUUCAGUAUUAUGAUGAUGAAAAGAAGACGUGGAAAAUACUGACAAUUAUGCCAUAUAACAGUGCCCAUCACUGUGUUGUGGAAGUGGAAAACUUCUUAUUUGUGCUGGGAGGAGAAGACCAAUGGAACCCUAAUGGGAAACACAGUACAAACUUUGUUAGCCGAUACGAUCCCAGGUUUAACAGCUGGAUACAACUUCCACCCAUGCAAGAGAGGAGAGCCAGUUUCUAUGCCUGUCGCCUUGACAAGAACUUGUACGUAAUCGGUGGGAGAAACGAAACUGGCUACUUGUCCAGCGUGGAGUGCUACAACCUGGAGACAAAUGAGUGGCGCUAUGUGUCCUCCUUACCUCAGCCUUUGGCAGCCCACGCAGGAGCUGUGCACAAUGGCAAAAUAUAUAUUUCAGGAGGUGUUCACAAUGGAGAGUAUGUCCCCUGGCUGUACUGCUAUGACCCCGUGAUGGACGUCUGGGCCCGAAAACAGGACAUGAACACAAAGCGAGCAAUCCACACUUUGGCUGUAAUGAAUGACCGACUGUAUGCAAUCGGAGGAAACCAUUUGAAAGGUUUCUCCCAUCUCGAUGUAAUGCUUGUGGAAUGCUACGAUCCAAAAGGCGACCAAUGGAAUAUUCUCCAGACUCCUAUUCUGGAGGGUCGCAGUGGCCCUGGCUGUGCAGUCCUUGACGACAGUAUUUACCUUGUAGGAGGUUACAGCUGGAGUAUGGGAGCCUACAAAUCUUCUACCAUUUGCUAUAGUCCUGAGAAAGGAAGUUGGACAGAACUAGAAGGAGAUGUUGCUGAGCCCCUUGCAGGACCUGCUUGCUCAACUGUCGUAUUGCCAGCCUGCGUACCAUACAACAAAUGACAGUCAAGGAGCACUGACACGAACACUGAUUGCAUUUGGGAAAAUAAUGACGGGUGACGUAAAUAUUUUAUUAGAACAAGAUUCCUGUUAAAAAAAAACGCUACCAUAAUUGACCCCUUAUUCAAUAUUUAAUGCUUUAGGAGCAAAGUAAAGGAAAAC